AUGGCCGCAACGGUGAAGGCCUACCCCAUCUCUUCUCUGCGUCUAACCGAGAACAGGGUGUGGACUCGUGUGCUGAUGUUUCCUCCCGCCGCCCUCAACGAUAUGGUUGAAGCAUUUUCCUCCUUUGACCCACCAGCCGUGCCUCUCAACGUCCAAAUCACCUUUCUAUACAGUCCGCCUGGUGCUCCCGCGGCUGGCUCACCCAUCAUCGUUCUCUCAGCGACAUACUACGGUCCUUCUGAGGAUGCUGAAAAGGCCGCUACCAAGUUGUUCGAAGUGAUUCUUGUCGGAAAGGCCCUCAAGGCCUUGACUCCCCAGGCCAUCAAGGAGAGCUUUGCGAAAUGGCCUCAAGUCAUGGAACAGCCUCCCGGCGCGGCUCGCACGUCAGUCGUGUUUUACAAGUUCAACCCAGAUAAACUCCGCGCCAAGGGAAAUAUGAAGGAUAUUGAGAACAGGUUCCUUGAGGGGCGAGAUAGGGGCUCAACAGCGAUGGCCUUGACGUGGUGCGUAGCUCCGGCGUCGAGAGACAGGCUAGUCGACUUUGUAGACGAGUUUCUCAACACUUGUCGAUGUUCAGGCGGAGUUCCGCCGAAGACAUUUGCGAAUACGAUGAGACUUGGUGUGAACUUGGACGAGCUGUUUCAGGAGGAGAAGUUGGAGGAGUUGCAAAGGGUGAGGGAGCAUUGGGACCCGCAUAGCGCGUUCUGGAGCCCGUACAAGCCGGCCCUGACAACCCAGACACGUCUCUGA